AUUGAGUGUUCCACAUUCAAGGCACACAAUUUUUCUUUCAUGUUUGAUAAAUCAACGGUCCAGAUUUAAUUCUCUUAAGGUGGGCCCUAUUUAUCUGAACCACACCCAAUUAGUCUCCCAACCUUUUUAUCCCAAUACAAACAAUACUCUCUCAUCUCUUGUUCAUUUCUAUCAGCAGCAGAUUCUGACCCGAUCAUAAUACCGACCCAUCAACGAUGACCCGACGGUGCUCUCAUUGCAGUCACAAUGGGCAUAACUCUAGGACAUGCCCGAACCGUGGAGUGAAGCUAUUUGGAGUCCGAUUGACUGAUGGGUCAAUCCGAAAAAGUGCUAGUAUGGGUAAUUUAUCACUUCAUCAAAACGGUGUCGUUGGGAAUACUUCUCCGGCUACAGGUGAUCAUACUCCUGAUCAUGUAAAUACUACUACUGAUGGUUAUGCUUCUGAGGAUUUUGUUCCUGGUAGUUCUUCUAGCCGUGAUCGUAAAAAAGGUGUUCCCUGGACAGAGGACGAGCAUAGGAUGUUUCUGCUGGGACUGCAAAAACUUGGGAAGGGUGAUUGGCGGGGAAUAGCACGUGAUUAUGUGAUAUCUAGGACACCAACUCAAGUCGCAAGUCAUGCUCAAAAAUAUUUCAUUCGGCUAAGCAAUGUGUCUAGAAGGAAAAGACGUUCUAGCUUGUUUGACAUUGUAGCUGAUGAGGGUGGCGAUACACCGAUGGCGACACAUGAUUUCCUCCCUGAGCAUCCAUUAGAUGCUGAAACACAGGACAAUAACCAUCCUUUACCUCCUGCUCCUGUGCUCGAUGAAGAAUGUGAGUCGAUGGCAUCUAGCAACUCAAACUUCAAUGAUCCGGAACCAGUUCUAUCUAAGCCAGAACCCGACCAAAGUAGUUCUUACCCGACCGAUACUUCCCAAAAUUAUUACCCUAUUGUAUACCCUGCUUAUGUUCCCCCUUUCUACCCUUAUCCCGUCCCAUAUUGGACCAGCUAUAAUUCUGAACCCAUCAAGGAGACCCAUGAGGUGGUUAAGCCUACUGCCGUUCUUUCAAAAAAGCCAAUCAACGUUGAUGAACUUGUUGGCAUGUCAAAAUUGAGCUUAGGGGAAACCAUCGGGAGUGGAGAACCCUCGAGUUUGUCGCUAAAAUUGCUGGAUGGUCCCUCAAGACAAUCUGCUUUUCAUGCUAAUCCCGCUCCCAGCAGUUCAGGUAUGAAUUCCGGUGGUAGUCCAAUCCAUGCAGUCUGAUGGCGAAAGUGUAGUUUAGUAUUGUUAGGUUUAGUUGAAACCGAGAUUGAGCUCUACAGUUCUAAUGUCAAUAUAAGAAUGUCGUCUGUGCAGUUUAAUUUCUUAGCAUCCGUUUUUUGUUCGUGGGACAAUCGGGUUGGUGGUAUGUUCUUCUAUAAUCUAUUCAUUUUAAGGGUUUGUGUGAACGAUAUCGGAUACAAAUAUUAACCAGAUUUCUUGAGGUUGGCUUCUGGGAAUCAUGGUAAAUUAUCUUUUUGAUUUAGCAGUGACAUAAAGAUCACUAGACUAUCAUUUGCAAACUGUCAGUAGGUUAUAUACUCCCAUCUUUUCUUGAUCAUUUUAAUGUGUGAUCUCUCUUGUUUUCGUUUACGAGUUUCUGAAAUUGUUGCAAACUAGAGUUGAGCAUUGUAGUCAUUGCAGUAAGAAAAUACGACUUAUUUUCAGGCGUAGGGAGAAAAACUUGGAGGAUUGUGAUAGAGCAUGUAACAUAUCAUGACUAUCAACCGUUAGUUUAACUUUUUAGUUGAAUUAGUUCUUGACAUUGACAUCAGAAGUCAUAAGUUUGAUUUUUAUCUACUCUCAUUUUCAAGGGAAUUAUUAGCGUUAAGUAUGAAAGAGUCUUAUGUUGUAUCCACACUUCUGAACCACAUGACAAUGUGUAAAGUGACGUGGUAAAGUAUAUAACAUAUUUUGAGGGUAUUAACCAUAUACUUAAGCAUUUGGUUGAGUUUUUUACUUGAUAUGGUAUCGAAAUAUAACGUGAUGAAAGGUCACGUGUUUGAAUCAUUCAUAUUCUAAAUCAAAGGAUUUUGAUGUAAGAGGACAUCAGAGUAUAUGAUAUGUAGAGUAUAUGAUAUGUAGAAGGGUUUCAAUUAUCAAUUUAACCUUUUUGUUGAUUUGAUUCCUCGUUGUUUCUGAGUUUAUCAUUAGUGAUUAUUAUAGUAGAACUUGGGCAAUUAAUAGGUAGAAUUAUUUUUUUUUUGAAACUAGACUUGGGGAAAAUCAUGUGUCAAAAAGAGUUUAUCGUUGUGAGUUAUUGCUUGCAAUUCUCGGAAAAAAUAUCAUGAGUUGACUCCGUGGGAGAUUCAAGAGUUGAAGUACAUAUAAAUAAGCUUUUAUUUAGAGCAAAGUUUGAAUGUGUAAAAUCCAAUUGGAGUUAUGUUUCCACCCCUAAGGUUGAACUAAUAUCCAACUAACAUAUUUUCCGUUUUUAUUGGCUAUACAAAACUCA